AAAUAGCAGAAACGGGCCAGGUUUUAGGACCCAGCAGAAGUAAUUCCUCUCCACUCGGUGUUUGUAGUUGCCCAGCAACAUUCAACAAAACCAUACAACACAAGAGCUCAAUCUUAAAAGGAAUAGAUCAGUGAUGCCGAAGAAAGGAGGGAAGAAGGGAGGAGGAAAGCAGAUGACUGAGGAGGACAGACUGCUGUCCCUACAGCAGAAGGCCCAGGCUGAAGAACAAAAUUCCAAAAUAAAAGAAGAUGUGCUCACACAGUUCCUUAAGGAUAAACUGCAAAAAGAAGAGAGAAACAGCAAAACUAACCUGCACAAGUUGAACCAGCAGUGGCGUUCGAGCCUGCGCCAAACUCGAGCAGCAGAGCUGCGUGAAGAUUUCGCAAUACUCAGCCAAACUUUUGAGAGAGUUGUGGAUUGCAAGGACAAUGUCAUUAAGUUAUUGGUGUCUGAUCUGAGUGAAGCGGAGCAGCAGUCAGCACUUGCUCACAGGGCUCAUCUCCAGUGUCUGGAUCAUCUCCUGGAGAUACAAAAAAGCCGACUGGCAGCACUAGAGUCACAUUGGAACACCAAUGUGAAGGAACUCAGUACUGACUACAGCACAGAGAGGGAAGAAAUUUUGAAGCGGCAUCAGCAGGAAACUGAGUAUUUGGAAGCAGCCUCUUUUGCCUUAGAACAACGCUAUGCUGGAAUAGACCAUGAAGCCAGACAGGACUAUCAGAGUGCACAUGAUGACAUCAAAAACCGGGACAUUGAGGACAAGCAUGCGCUGCGUAUCCAGAUGGAAGGCACGGUGGAAGAUUUGUGGCAGCAGUUUCAGCAUGAACAUCAGAAGUACACUGAAGCCACUGAGGAUAGACAGAUUGCAUUUGAUUCGCUCCGUGCCACAGACCAGCGCAAUGCUCAGGAAGCAGAUCUGCAGAUGAGGCACAUGCAGAAAUUGCAGGGCACCAUCAAUGCUCUGCGUUCUCAUCUGAGCUCCGAUCAGCGGGAGAAUGAAACGUUUGUACAUGGCCUUCGGGCAGAAUGUGAGGAAGUUACUCAGAAAGUCCAACAGCUUAGAGCUGAGCUUUCCUCUGCUCAGGCAGCUGAAAAAACACUGCUCGCUAAUCACACUAUGUACAGCAAUAACACAAUUAAAAAACUACAGGAUAUUAUAGGAGAGGGCGACACAUUGUUACGUCUGGCUGCUGUGUGUCGCAAGCUUGAAACGGAGCAGGAGAAGGUGCUUCCCUUUUAUAUCUCAUCUUUAAAUGCUGAGGAACUGAGUCAAGAGAAAGCACAUGCUAUGGAAGUGAUGUCUGUGUCUGAGUUAGCAAAGACAAUGAUGGACUAUACAGAUCUGGAAAAGUUCUGGCAAAGAUAUAACAAGGUUCUGCUGGAGCGUUUGUGUUUAGAACGUGAGAAGAAGGUCCUAGGAUGGGAGAACCAGCAGCUGAGGAUUCUCCUCAAGCAGUACCUGGAUGGAGUCUCUGUUAGUGAUGAGGUCCUUCAGCAGCAAAACUCACUGCUCAUGUUGUCCAGCCCAUCACUCCAAGCUUCUCCAGCUUCAGAAACCCAAACAAUCACACGCAGGCCCGUCAUAGAGGCAGCUCAUGUGGUGCAAUACACAAUGUAGAGAAGUUGUACACAUGCCUAAACGAGAACGAUGUUCCAAAGACACCAUCAGACAUGCAUCAGAUGCAAAACAUGUAAAUGAUUACAUGACACUAUUCAAGCAAAUAACACACAUGUAUAUGUAACACAUUCUUUAAAAAUAUUUUGUUAUU